UUCUCCAGCGCUCUUCCCUUGCCCUCGGCGGCCGGAGCCGGAGAGGCCAACUUCCACCAACUUGUUCCACUCCGGCCAGCCACAGUUGAAUCCCCUCCACGCCAACACAGCUCGCAUUCACCAUCGCAGCCGCCCGUUCUCCCGACUCCCGCCCGACUCGACGGCCUCGGUCGAUCGGUCCUCUGCUCGCCUCACGCCAUGCCCACCUCCCGCACGACGGAAUGCCGAACCCGGACCCGCCGCUGCCCCCUUCCCUCUUCAACUCCCUCAUCGCCUCCCGCGCCCGCGCCGGCCGCGCGGCCGACGCCUUCUCGCUGCUCGCGCGCAUGCUCGCCGCGGGCGUCGCCCCGACCGCGUUCACCUUCGCGCCGAUCCUCUCCUCGCCCUCCGUGUGCCCCCGCCGCGCCGCGCAGCUGCACCCGCACAUCCUCAAGCGCGGCCUGCUCCAUAGCGACCCGUACUCCGGGACAGCGCUGCUGGGCUUCUUCGCGCGGCACGGACGGUUCGGCGAGGCGCUCGACCUGUUCGGCGAAAUGCCCGCACGGAGCGUCGUCACCUGGAACUGUCUCGUCUCUUCGUUCGCGCAGCAUGGGCAUGUCCAGGACGCCGUGUUUUGGUUCAGGGAACUCGUGAGGAGCAGCGAUGGCUUGUCUGAAGGCUCUCUCGUUGCGGUCUUUCCUGCACUUGUGUCACCGGACCCAGUUCAUGGGCUUGCCAUCAAAACCGCAAUGGAUUCCUUCUCGGCAGUUGCUAACUCGUUGCUGAAUUGUUACUGUACUUGUGGCACAGUUUGCGCGGCAGAGAAGCUAUUUAAUGGUUUGAUGUUCAGAGAUGUGGUUUCGUGGAAUACAAUGAUCACUGCUUUCGCUAGGAGUAACUUCCCAGGGAGAGCUUUUGAGCUUUUCUCAGCGAUGCAUCAUCAGGGUGUUUCUCCAGAUGAAACUACAUUUUCCAGUGUUCUUUACGCUGGCACCAGUAUAAAUGCACAGGAGCAUGGGAAGUCUGUUCACGCCAAAUCUAUCAAGCAUAACCUCAACACGACAGUAUUUGUGAGUACUUCACUGGUUGAUUUCUACAACAAAUGUGUUGGUAGGAGGGACGCUCUUAAAGUACUCAAAGAGGUUCCUCAUAAGAGCACUGCAUGUUGGAAUGCUCUGCUUUCUAUCAAGUCAGAUGGUGAUUUUCCAACUCUGUUUAUGAUUCUGAGAGAUAUGUUGCAAUCAGGGAUUAGCCCAAAUGAAUUUACCUUUUCUUCCUUGCUCAAGGAUCCAUCACUGUUGGAUGUGCAUCAGAUUCACUCAUUGGUCAUAAAACUGGGUUAUGACGGUAAUGACUAUGUUUCAAGUGCUAUUAUAUCUUCCUAUGUCUCACAUGGCUUUGUUUCUGAUGCCCUCGCUUAUGGAGUUACAUUGGAUCCUGACUCCUGUAAUGUCUCCAUGAAUGUUUUAGCUGGGGCAUAUAAUAGAGCUCACAUGUACCAAGAGACCAAGGAGCUACUCUUACAUCCGAAAACGAGUGAUACUAUUUCAUGGAGCAUACUUAUUACUGCUUGUGCAAGGAAUGGUGAUUAUGCUGAAGCUUUUGGACAUUUCAGACAGAUGAGAAUUUUGGGGCAUCAUUUUGAUAACUAUGUAGCUGUGAGCUUGCUGAGUAUUUGUACAAAAGUUAACAGCCUUGUUCUUGGUAGGCUGGUGCAUGGGGUAAUCACCAAGACCAGUUAUGGGUGCUCAGACACUCGUACUAAUAAUAUGUUGCUAGAUAUGUAUGCUAAAUGUGGUAGAAUUGAAGACUGUCUGAAAGCCUUUGAGGAAAUGGAAGAUAGGAACGUAAUCUCAUGGACAGCUGUGAUUUCAGGCCUUGCACUUAACGGUUUUUCUCGUAAGGCCCUGGCAUGGUUUAAAGCUAUGGAAGGGGCUGCUGUCAAACCUGACAAGGUAGCAAUUCUGGCAGUCCUUUCAGCUUGUAGACAUGGAGGACUUGUGCAGGAGGGAAUGGAGAUAUUCAAACGUAUGGAAGCUGAUUACUCAACUGAAGCUGGGAUGGAGCAUUACAUUUGUGUGGUGGACAUGCUAUGCAAGUGUGGUCAUUUAAAGCAAGCUGACUCUGUGAUUAGAGGCAUGCCUUUCCGCCCGAGUACUAUUAUUUGGCGCACAUUCAUCCAAGGAUGCAAUACAUAUGGCAUGCUAGAUACUCAAGUGUUUAGCUAGUGAUGGUCUUGGUAAACAAUGGAGGCAAAAGGAGAGUAAAAGGAGAAAGGCUGUUCUUGAAAUACCAAGGUGUGGUAGCCACUUGCAGCCUAUGAAAAUGUGAAAAAUGACAGGAACGUGUUCAGUAAGAUCCCCUCCUAUUUACUAUGCUUGACUUGUGAAUCUAAUUGAUGGUGAUCUGCAUGAUCAUACCAGACCAAUGCAUUUAUAAUGAUUAGUAUAGUGAGGCUGCUGUCACCAGGUGUGUUUCCUGCUCAAUGAGUAUCUGAAACGUGGAUUCCUUUUUCAUAAACAAGUUCUUGUGAGGCGCCUCUUAGCAUCAUGGAUUAGUCAGCCAAGGUCGUUAGGCUGUGGCAAAUCGGUUGCAAAGAUGAUAAAGUACGAGUCAGCACAGAGGCAUUAACUAAUUAUCAGAGGUACACAGGCUUUUGACGAAGCAUGCACAUUAGUAGCAAAAUAUGGGUUAUAUAAUACCGAAGCAUGGGCUUAUAUUGGCUAUUGCUUUUCAUUCCACUAGGCAUUGUCUACGUAGCUCCAACGGUUCGCGUUUACUAAUUGAAUGAUGACCAGGCACUGUUGUCCUGGUACUAUAAAGGUGAUCUGGUCAAAGAAUUCAAAGCAUUAUCUAAUCCAAUGGCUGGUGGGUUGAGAUAUCAUGACCUCCGUAUCAAGCUGGGAUUGCAAAGAUUGACAGUUGAAGGAAGAUCUAGCUUUACUAGAUAGUACAUGUCUAACGAUUUUAAAUUCUGAUUAAUUUUGGUUGCUGCCAUAUCUUAUGCGUGUUGCAAGGUACUUAGUGUAUCUCUGAAUUGUAGGCAGAUAAACUGGCAUUGUCCUUGGUACGACACCUUGAUGCAGAUUGCAACUGUGACUACUGACUGAUGUCUACCUGCAUAUCGUCACAAUUUGUUCUCUGUGACUGGAAAAUGCACACCUAAGGUAGGAGCUCUCCCUCCAUGGAGCUUACUGGAUUCUCGGUGUGAAUAUUGGUUUGGUUCAAAAGAAUUUCGUAGGAAU